AUGACUUCCCCACAAGAUGUCCAUCCGUUGGCGCCGCCGCCGUACCCGCUUGGGGCCGAGCUGGAUCCCAACUUUAUUCCUCAACACGAUGGCAACCUUCAUUGGCCGCUGCUGUCGCCUUGUGAAAAUGACGACAUGCACGAAGACCACAUUAGCUUCCUACGCACCGUUAAUGCGUUCCGCUCCUACAGAAAGCAGGCGAUGGGUGUUCGAGAUAUGCGUUUAAAUAACUUUAUGAAGUUUCAUCAACAGCAUAAGCAAACCCUAUGCAUUGACUUGGAACGUAUGUUCAGCAAGUACCUUGAGUGCAUUGAGACUAACAGUUGCUUUUUUGAAUCUAUUUGUAACGUCUCCUCGGAACUCUUUGAUACCUACUGGCCUAAGGGAACCACUGUUCGGCCUGAGGAUGUCCCGGAGCCCACCCCGCUAGAUAUUGACAAGGUGUUUACAACACUCCGUCAGUUUGUGCGGGAUUGGUCCGCAGAGGGCGCCCCUGAAAGGAACUCUGUUUAUAUGCCCGUUCUUACCACACUGGAGAAUUCCUACCCCGACCGCGCGGCACGAGCGGACGUGAAAAUUCUUGUUCCCGGUGCUGGUUUAUGCCGUCUUUCUGUCGAGCUGGCUUUGCGUGGUUUUGCUGCACAGGCAAAUGAGUUCAGUUACCACAUGCUUAUUGCGGGGCACUACAUUCAAAAUCACGUUGUGUCCUCCUGUCAGCACACCAUCUACCCCUACGUUGACAACACUAGUAAUCUUGUGAACCGAGAGGAUCAGUUUGUGGAUGUGCGCAUUCCCGAUUUGUGUGCCUUUGAGGCUAUUGACGGCCUUAAUGGGGAGGAGCAGCAUUUCUUUGGUGAACUCUCAAUGGUGGCGGGUGAUUUCACGGAGGUUUACACCAAGGAGCACCAACGCAAGAGUUGGAAUGCUGUGGCGACCUGCUUUUUUAUUGACACGGCUCACAACAUUGUGGAGUACAUAGAAAUCAUUUACAACCUUCUUGUACCAGGAGGGUACUGGGUGAAUGUUGGACCACUUCUGUACCACUUUGCGGAUUCCUCAGAUGACAUGUCAAUUGAGCUUUCAUUAGGGGAGGUGCUCACAGUGGCGCAGCGCAUCGGAUUUGUUCUUCUUCGCCAACCGGAGUUUAUUGACACAACAUACACAAACAAUAAUCGAAGCAUGAAGCAACUGGUUUAUAGAUGUGCCUUUUUUCUACUUCAGCGGCCGCUUACAGAAGAACAGGAACGAGAACAGCAGGACGGAAAACUCACGGUGGAAAAGAUCUAA